GAAGCAGAGAAAAGGAACUAGAGAAAGACAGGAAAAGAGAUAAGGAGAGGCACAGAGAUAGAGACAGAGAGAGAGAUCGUGGUGAUGGGGAGAAGGAAAGGGAUCCUCACCACAGAGACUAUCGACACCGUGACAGAAAGGAUAGGGAAAGGGGUAGGGGUAGAGAUAGGGAGGAUGGAGAUUCUCACAGAAGUCGUGACCGUGACCGUGACCAUGACAGUUUUGCUUAAAAAACUAGUUUAUAUUACAGAAGAGGAAGAGGGGAUUAUGAUCGAGAGGAAAGGCAUAAACGUAGGUCUCGAUCUAUUUCACCAUCUAAAGAUAGAUCUGAGCAUGGAACAAGGUCACGUUCUCGCUCGAAGAGCAAAAGGGUUAGUGGUUUUGAUUUGGCUCCCCCUCCUUCUGCAAUGUUAGCUGGUUCUGCCGCUGUUACAGACUCGUAAUAAGGAAAAAAGUUCAUAUCAAAUUGCAUGCUGUUAUCUGGGUAAGCUGUAUUCAGUUAUUAUCCGAUCACGUAGCUCUUUGAGGAAUGGUCACCUAUGGUGUGCAAUUUAAUUUAGCCUUCUUUUUGUUUACUUGUUGAUAUAAUCCUGAAACUAAAAGAUGCUUUGGUUUUUUGUCUUCUGUUUAGUGUUUGUUUGUUUUGUUUCUGUCUUAUCUUAUGCUCUAAGAAGGCAAUGUUGGGCAACUUGCCCCAAUGUGUUGACAAUGGGCGUGAGCCGACAUCUGUAGCUUUUAUGUCCAUGGAGGAAUCAAUGCACCGGUAUUUGGUGGGUCUUGUUCGUCUUCAACUGGAAACUAUAUCUACUUUGGUAGACGUACAGAUAUUAUCUCCAAAACUUGUUUAAAUGUUCCUUUAAUCUCAUGCCUAUGUUAAGAAGGUUAAAUUCUAAUGGAAAUUGGAGUAAGAGGAGUCAUUGAUACCCAAUCAAUCAAUAGUUAUUCAAAAGGUUCAGUAAUGAAUUUGUUCUGAGGUGUAAUAUGCCUAUAUUAGCAGGUCAGAUUACUGCGCCAAAUCCUACAAUUCCUGGAGUGUUGCAAAACAUGUUUCCGAUGGCUCCUAGUCAGAUGCAGCAGUUCAGUGCUCUCCCUAUGAUGCCAAUUCAGGCUAUGACACAACAGGCUACUCGACAUGCUAGAAGGGUGUAUGUUGGAGGACUCCCUCCGACAGCCAAUGAGCAGUCUGUUGCUAUUUUCUUCAGCCAGGUCAUGGCUAAGAUUGGAGGAAACACUGCUGGUCCAGGUGAUGCUGUGGUCAAUGUUUACAUUAACCAUGACAAAAAAUUCGCCUUUGUUGAGAUGAGGUCCGUUGAGGAAGCUAGCAAUGCAAUGGCUUUGGAUGGGAUUAUUUUUGAGGGGGCACCUGUCAAAGUCAGGAGACCUACUGAUUACAACCCUUCUCUAGCUGCUACUCUAGGCCCAAGCCAACCUAACCCAAACCUGAACCUUGGCGCUGUUGGUUUAACCCCUGGGUCAGCUGGUGGACUUGAAGGCCCUGAUCGCAUUUUUGUGGGUGGACUUCCAUAUUACUUCACAGAAACUCAGAUCAGGGAGCUUUUAGAAACUUUUGGUCCUCUUCGGGGUUUCGAUCUGGUGAAAGAUAGAGAAACAGGAAAUUCAAAGGGUUAUGCAUUUUGUGUUUACCAAGAUCUUGCUGUUACUGAUAUUGCAUGUGCAGCUCUGAAUGGAAUUAAGAUGGGAGAUAAGACUCUUACUGUUAGACGUGCUAAUCAAGGGACAACCCAGCCUAAACCUGAACAAGAGAGCAUUUUAAUGCAUGCACAACAGCAAAUUGCUCUGCAGAAACUUAUAUUUCAACCAGCAUUAGUAGCUACAAAGGUGGUGUGUUUAACCAACGCAGUUGCUCCUGACGAGCUCAAGGAAGAUGAGGACUUUGAAGAAAUUAUCGAUGAUAUGAGACAGGAAUGCUCCAAAUUUGGUACUUUGGUGAAUGUUGUGAUCCCUCGCCCACAACCAGAUGGGGAUCUAUCUGGUGGAGUUGGAAAGGUGUUUUUGGAAUAUGUGGAUAUUGAGGGUGCUACAAAAGCCCGCACUGGAUUGAAUGGGAGAAAAUUCGGUGGAAAUGAAGUAAUAGCCGUUUUCUAUCAAGAGAAUAAGUUUGCUCAGGGGGAUUAUGAAGGCUAAUUGCUGUAAUGUCACUUGGAUUAUAUCUCAAAUUUUCAUGUAUGUUGUGAGAUUGUUCAAUAUAAGUUUCUUUAUUUCUUGUACACCGAGGUGGGAGCGGAGAAACUGAUAGCUUCUGUUCUUAACUUGGAUUUUUUUUUCAUUUGAUUGAUAAAUAAUACUAGUUGAUAAUUUGUAACUUGUCAUA